AUGGAGGGACACGCUGGGCGGUGUUUCGACGCUUCCCAGGCCCUGGUUGGGGAGCACCCAGUUCAACCUGUGGGACAGGGUCUGAAGCCUGCUGAGGUAUCCGGCCUGGCUGCCUGUUCCUUGGGCACACUGGGCAACGGGCCCCUGGACAGACCAGGACGUGGAGGUUCACUUGAGGCCACCAAGGAGGUUGUGGAUCCCUGCAACCAGCCACCCCGGCCAGCCCCAGCUCCAGCCCUAAACAGUGAAGGUUGUGGGGUGGGAGAGACAGUAGAGAGCAAGAAAGAAGAGGCAGACUACAAAAGGCUGCACAGCUUUCCUCUUAUCAGGGUGAGGUCCACAGACAUGCCAGAGGAGAUGAGAGUGGAGGUGACUGAGCUCUGGUUGACAUGCGACAAGUUCCCAGCCACCAACAACGAGCAGCGAAGAUGAUCCAAGGAGUCGAUGGAUAAGAAGUUUGGCAAAUGGCACGUGGUGAUCGGUGAGGGCUUAGGACGGUGACAUACGAGGUCGGGUGAACACCGCUCUUACAUGUUCUUUGGAAGCCUGGCCGUGUGUGUCUGGAAGUGCUCCUAG